UAGAUGGAAAUCUUAUAAUGAAGGUUUCUGAAAGAGUCUUUCCUAGACAAGGAAAAUUUCAAUAUAAGAAUGUCAUAGUAACAGAAAAACUGAUUUUACAAAUAUCGAUGAUCUUAACAAGAGUAGUUUUGUUGUGAAAGUCUCAGAUCUUUUGAUUCGGUUCUAUCUUGAAAUUCGAAUAUUAAAUCAUCUAGUUUACGUGAGGGAUCUGCAAGACACACUAUCAAUUCGAAAUUUGAAAAUCAUUUUUUCUGUUAACACAACAUUCAUUUAAAAAUAUUCUUUUAAUUUAGUUUUUAUUAAAUCUUCAAAUGUUUCUUCACAAGUAUCAUUAAAUAAUUCUUUAACUUAUAUUCAUACAAUAAGUAUUCGACAAUCGAUAAUUUAUUUUAUUUGGUUCACGUUAUGCAUCAAGCAUAAAUAGUGAUCAAUCCAUAGAAAAUAGUGCAAUACGAGAGUAAAAUAAACAAAAAAAACGAAUUUGAUUUAUUCUGUCUGUUUUUUGUUUUCUAUUUUAGUUUUAAUUGAACUAAAAAAUUAGUCUUAGAAAAUAUAUUAAUACAAAUGAAAGUGAUUUUCAAGCUGCUGUACUCGAUUUACUUGUUCAAUUACUUUUAAUUCGUCAUUUUAUUUAUUGUAUUGCUGAAUUUCUUGUUAUGUUAUCACAUGAUACACUUCAUUCAAAACAAGUUAUUAAAAUACAAGAUCUAAUAAAACAUUAUGAUUCAUUAUUAGCAAGUGGACAUGAACCUGAAACACAUACUUUGGCAGCAUUAAAACUAGUUUUAUAUGAUUUUUUUCUUGAUCAAUCACUUUUGGAUAUUUAUUCCACACAAUUAACACUAUUUGAUGUUGUCUCAUCAGUUGCAUUACGAUCAAUUGAUCCAUUUGUUAUUGCUUUUCGAGCAUUAAAUGUCAAUUGUCAAUCUACAAAUCGAUAA